CGUCCUCAGAUGACUCUUCAUCUGAGGAUUCCACCUCCUCUUCUUUCACCGGGUACUAUUCUUCUGAUUUCAAACCCAGACGGGUUCCCAUCCUUCUGUUCCUGAGCCGGAGCCGGUCAAUCAGAUGCCCGGUCAAGUGUUUAUGGAGGGGGACGAACCGGUUGAUGGCCAACCAGCUCCCUAUGAUCCGGACACCGAGUCCUGGCUGCAGUGGGAGGAAAGGUUGGAAGCAGCAGGUUACUCUCCUCUUCCCACUUUUUACGUUUCAGACAUCUACCCCCACGUUUCCAAAAUAGCUUUGAACAAAGCCCGUAGGAAUCUCCCGGAGGGGUAUGUUCUCGAGUACGAUGAGAACUGGCCCAAUAUUAUCGAACCUCACCGGGAGGAUAUGAUAGGUUUUCAUAUCACUUCUUUAGAGGGUGGCAUCCUUUUCCCUCUUCGCCCCCUCUUGGUCGAGCUGUGCUACUUCUUUAGGAUUCUUCCCGGGCAGAUUACACCCAAUGCUCACCGAUUGCUCAAUUCUUUUGUUAAUAUUUGCCACCAUCUUCACAUCGAUCCUUCUCUGCGUCUCUUCCUCUAUGUCUUUGAGGUCCGCCCCGGGAAAUCGGGCUGCGAAGACAUGAACUUCAGAUCCUUUGAUAUCCCCAAGAAGACCGGUGCGUCGUCUUCUGCAGGCCCGCACACCUCUUCUGCGAAGACUGUCCCGGUCCAACAGGAGACUGUUGAGAUUCACUCUGAGGAGGAAACUCCUCAGAUCGGGGAGGCCAUCCAGACCAGGAAGACCACGACGAAUCCUCCCCAUAACAAAGGGAAGGGGAAGACCCGGACGAAGAAGGCGGCCACCACCCAUCCAUCAGCGAAGAGGAAGAGGGAGGAGGACGUCCCGGUCACCCAGUCACUGGAAGAGCUCUGUGUGAAAAUGGGGCUCAAGCUGAAAGAGAUGGGCGAGGUCGGGCGUGACACUCUAGAGGAGCUUGCCGAGGGUUCUCCCUCCCGAUCAUCCCUGCUGGAGGAAAAGGUGGCCGGGAAGGCGAACGUGGAGGUUCUCCAGCUGAAGGAAGAGAACACACAGCUGAUGGGGGAGGUCUCCCUGCUGAAAGAAGAUGCUGAGCUGAAGGAGCGAGAGUUCCCCGGUAGAGCGCGUCAGUGGAUGGGGGAAAACCUGGUAGAGGCUGCCCGGGUGCUCACCUCCACUCCCGAAAGGACAAUGGAGGGCUUCCAGCUACUCUACCGGGAGGAGCGCGGAAAGGAGAUGAUCACAGCCAUCGGCUCCUUUGGCUUCAUGUCAGGCCAAAAAAGAGACCGGGAGGCCACGCACGAAAUCCUGACUGACGCGGCCCAAACUUCACUGCCGAAUCUUAUGGCCAGGCCUCCAUUCCCGAAGAAGAGUCUGCUCCUCCUUUCCCCCUAGAGUAGAUCCCCCCGGCUUUUUGACGGUGUAAAUUAUGGUGUAAAUUAUCGACCGGUAUAUCGUUUUUAGCCGGGCAAAAACGAUAAACUAGUCUAAAAAAUACACCAAAAUAUAAACACAGGAAUUUU